AUGGCUCAUGAUACUGAUGAGAAAAAGAGUGAGAAUGUGAGGGAAUCUGGUGAGCAAAAAGAGAGUGAGGCAGAAGAUAAGUUAGAUGAACAAGUGGGGGAUUCUGGAGAGGAAGAAAAAGAUAGUGAGGAAGAAGGUGAGUUUGAGAGUGAAGGUGAGGAAGAAGAAAAGGGAAGUGAAAUCCCUUCAGAAGAAGAAAGUGGAGAGAAAAAGAUUGAAGAAACUUGGCCUCUGUUAACUCCUUUUACUGGAGAUGAGAAGAUCAGUAGUGAUGAGGAUGACUUACCCUUGUCUGAAGUAGGGAAGAAAAGAAAGAAGGCCCCUGUGAAAGCAACAAAGUCAGUUAUCCUUACAAAGAAAGAAGUGGCUCCUCCUGCUAGGACUCCUCUCACAAGGAGUAAAAGAAAGGCGGUUGAUAAACAGAUCAUUAAGGAGUCCAUAGGUGCCAAGAAGCCAAGAAAGCAAGUUUUAGUUGUUGAACAUGUAGUUGAGUUGGAUAAAGAAGAUGAGUCUGAUUCUACUUUGCAAGAAAAGACAUCAACACAAAAGAGGAAUGUUGUUAAAUCUACCAGGGAAGCUACCCCAUCUAAGAAGGCCAGUAAAGGAAAGAAAAAGAAGGGUAUGCAUGUUGUGGUUGAUAAUCUUAUUGAGAUCAGGAACAGAAAAGUGUUAAAUGGGAAAAUUAUUGCAAACAGUGAUGAGAAAGGGAUGGCUUAG